ACACUAAUGCAUGUUAAAGUAUGGAUGCGUUGAGAAGUUCUUAAAAUUUUGGCAAUUGGAUCAAGUUUUCUUCUAAAACAUUAAUUUAGUCCACUUUUAUUUCAUACAUCUAAAUAAACUGUUUGUUCAUUAAUUUGAGUUAAUCAAAAACAUCAAUUUAAGAUGGUUUAUUGUAAAAUAAAUCUAGAAAAUAAUGUAAAUGCCGUUUAUAAGCCUGGUGAUAGAUUAAAAGGAACAAUUGAAUUAUUUCUUCAACAACCCAUAAAGAUCAGAGGAUUUUACUUUGUGUUGCUUGGAAGAGCCAAAUGUCAUUGGACUGAAGGACGUGAUCAUUUUAAAGGAGAAAAUUUUUACUUGAAUUCAAAAACUUAUUUGUUUGGUGGUCCAAACGCCGAAGCUAGAGAAGUUGAUAAGGGAACUCAUCGGUUUGGGUUUAGUCGUGAACUUCCAUCUCUGAUUCCUGGAAGUUUUGAAAGCCCCAUUGGCUACAUAAAAUAUCAUAUUGAAGCAUUUCUUGAUGUUCCUUCGGAUAUUAAUGAAAAAUUUCUGUCGCCGUUCAAAGUUGUUCGAAAUGAUAAUCUAAACAAUGAUCCAAGUUUAAGUCGUGAAGAAACCAAAUGGUUUGAACUUAGUUGUGUGGGAUCAGAACCACUCCUGAUAGAUUUAAGUUUGCCUCAGAGUGGUUACAUACCAGGAGAAGAAAUUACUUUAACAGUAAAAAUUGAUAAUCAAAGUAAUUAUCUUAUGACACGCUGCAUUCUUUAUCUCAAAAAGAUCAUCAAAUACAAAAGUGAUCGUAAAACAAAAAAAAUUGAAAUUUUAUUAACAUCAAAGGAAAGCUCUAAAGGUGUGCCACCGAAAUCUUCAGUGGAACUCAUAGAAUCAGUGAUAGUUCCAGAAGGUGUAGAGUUUUCAAACUCAAAAUAUUGCGACGUUAUUCAAAUCAGUUACCUUUUAACUUUUGAAGUGAUAUCUCCAUCCGUAUCUGGCGACAUCAAAAUUACAUUUCCGUUAACUAUUGGUGCAAUACCUCUGGCAAUUGGAACAUUUCAGCCACUGCGUACCCGACAUUCUCAACCAUCUGUUCCAAGAUUAGCAACGAUACAAAGAAAUAAUCAAAAUUCAGUUGCUGCAGCUAAUCGUUAUGAGGAUCCUCCUCCAUCUUUCGAAGAAGCUAUCAGGAACUGUCCACGUUCUUCGGCUCCAUUAUAUUAUGAAGAAGAUUUUAGUUAAAUGAUGAUUUUAAUUGAGAGAAGUUUCCAACAACUUCGAGACUAUCAAACAUUUCUAAAGAAACCACAUCGCCUUUGUAUUCUCAUCCAAAGUCAACGAUCCUUCCUAAACUGAUUGUUCUUCAUAAAACACCAUCAAAACAAAGUAAACUAUUUGAACCUCCAAUCAAGAAAGUAAAGACAAGGGAAGAUGAUGAUUUUGAGCUUUCGCAGGAAGAUUUAAAUGCCAUUGAUAGUUUAUCUUAAGUUCUUUUAUUCAUCAUUUAAAAUAUGGUAAAUUUUAAAAGUUCCAUUGUAAAUGCCAGUAACGAGCCAUGAUCUGUAAAGAAGUAAAAAUAUAUUUGAUAUUACUGAUUAAAAUAAGAAUUUUAAUUGUCUUACUCAUUUCUUGAUAACUCAACAACAUUUCCACAUCCAUCAAGUUUUCCUUCAAUCACAGUUUCGCGAAUGUUACUGCUUGUUCUAAAGACUUCCAAUGUUCCGUUAUCCAGAGGGCAAAAUAUAUGUUCCAUGUUAUUCAGACAAGAAAUUUUCUUCUUCAUUGGCAGUGGCAACUUUACAACCAAUUUCGGUUUCAUGAAAGUUUCAGCCACUUCAUGAAAGAAAAUUUCACCCGAUAAAUCACAAGAAAUUAUGUAAGAUUUUCCACUAUGAGAACUGCUAAUGAGUGAUGAGAUAGAAAAUUUGUGAGAAUUCAAUUCACGAAUUAUUGGAUUAAAUUCUCCUUCUUGAUGCAUUAAUUGAUUCGAUGAGCAAUACAACAAAGUUCCAUUGAGAAGUCCAACAAUAAAAUCGUCAUCAGCUCCAGGAACUGAGGCUAUGCAAGUUAUGAGAGGAUCUCGAGUAUUUCUUGGCUUAAUCCUCAUAAUUUUAUCCACAGUUGUAUUUUGUUUGCUGACAAUUUUGUAGAUUAAAAUUUUUCCAUCAUUUUGACAACAAAGAAUUUUAUUGUCGUUCAUAAAAGUUAAAGCUACGAGUGUAUCUUCCGAAGAUUUAGAAAACAAUUCCGCAACUCUUGAUUCACUUUCUUUACUCGGUAUAUUUUGAUAGUUCCAAACAUACAAAUCUCCAGAAGUUGAACCUCCCGCAAACAUAUCACGAUUUUGAGGGUUCGUUACAAGAAAUUCUAUCGGUUCUUUAACUGGAAUUGAUGUAAGCUCUUGCCAAUAUAUUUUUGCAUCACUUUUACUUCUCUUAGGCUCAAAAAUUAAAACAAAUGACUUCAUUUGAUCAUCAAUAUAGACAGAAUACGAUAAAGCAAGAACUGGCGAAUCUAAAGUUGAAACUGAAAGCCAAGUUGCAGUUCCUUUGAUGAGACUAUCACUUUGAUUUCCUUCAUGAUUGAGAUAUUUUUUUAACUCAAUAUCCUGAUAUUCUUCUAUCUUUAUAGGCGAUACAUCAGUGUUGGAAUUAUUGUUGUAAACUGGUGUUGGACCUUCUUCCAAUUCCUUUUCAAGUGCCGGCAAAAUUUUCUUCAACCAUGCCGCAAGUUUUCUAUCUGUCUCCUCAUUUGAAUUACUUAUUAUUGUUGGAGUUGCUUGAAUACCAACAUCUUUUGAUUCAACUGUACUCAAAGACUGAUCCGAAACUUCUAAUCGACUUUCCAUUGCUUCUGUCCCAGCAUCUUUAACAAGUACCUGUUUAUCUUGAUCCCAUGUGGAAUCAAAACCAACGACUUCAGAUGAAUAGUCAGAUAAAUUCAUUCUAAUAAGAUUUUUGUUCAAAAAUUAUAUUUCCUUAGUUACGGUUUGUUUACAUUUUUCUGAUCACUCAUUGUUGAACGCACUCGAAAAAAUC